AUGAACUUCAAGCCCUGGCUUGUUCUCUUCCUUUUGGCCCUGGCGUUAGCCAUGGUGGCUGAAGCUUCCAAGGCUGAUGAUUUUAGCCUUGACGGUGUUGUUGGUGAUUUAAUUGGAGAAGAUAAUGAGAUGAUGCUAGAUUCUGAGUCCAACCGUCGCACUUUGGCUGCACGGCGACAAAGGUACAUUAGUUAUGCAGCCCUUAGAGCCAACCAAGUCCCAUGUGGUAGGCGUGGACGAUCCUAUUACAGCUGCCAACAAAGGGGUCGUGCCAACCCUUACCGUCGUGGUUGCAGCGUCAUUACACAUUGUGCUAGAGACACUAGCUAA